AUGGCUGUAAAUAUUGAACUUAGCGGUAUACAGCUGUUCGAUUCAACUGGAGAUUCAACUAGUGUGUCUCCCAGAUGGAAGCGAUGGCGAAAGUCAUUUCAGUUUUUCGUCGAAGCAAAGGGUAUCGAAGAAGGAAAGCAGAAGAAAGCCCUUCUCCACUGUGCUGGCGUGGACGCGCAAGAAAUAUUUGAAGCUUUGGACAACUCUAAAGCCGGGGGGUAAACAGUAAAACCAGUAAGACCAGUAAGACUGAUGAUGAAUAUGAAAUUGCUUUGAAAAUUUUAGACGAAUAUUUCUCACACAUCAUUAGAUAAUCAUAACAUUUCGGCCAAUGACAUGGUGUAAUUUACAUCACGUGUAUCUAUCUGGAUACCCCGUCUAGACCAGGACAUUAAUUACUUCAUGUGGUGAGGGCUUUGAAGUUUGAAUAAUAGGGAAAUUGAGGGGUAAACAAAAGAUUAUGCAAAUAUAUUUAAUUGCUAUGUUUAGAAUUAUUUCUUGUAUUUAAAAAUAACUUCUAAAUACACAAAAACAUUAAAUCACACUUCAAACAACAAAAUAUGUUGCUUUUUUAAUCACACUAACAAUAAUACACAUACAAUUGACUAUAGUAUUACUUAUUUACGGCAAAUAAAAUGUUAAAGGAACAGUUAGUGAAUGUACUGUUCGACAAAACAAACUUUUCGGCGAUAGUACGUCGCUGCACCUCUUUAUCUUUAUCGCUAUUGUUUUCUAUGACAAAGUUGCCUAAUCUUAACUGUCUGUGUUCACAUAAUAUAUAUACAUUUGUGCAAACCAAACUUUGAGCAGUUUUGUCUCCCAGCAAGCCUUUUGACCACAGCAAUCCUCUUCAUCAUCUGUAAUAGCUACUUUCUCUCGUCUUGUACGCUUCUCCGCAAUCGAUUGGCCUUCCCGGUUGGUGGCUUUCAUUUCACUAUCCAGCACUCUUCUGAACGUCUGGAAACUGAGUAAUACACAUGCUUAUACAUUACAAUUAAUUAAACUAAACCAAUAAUUAAAAAUGAACAAAUUCAACCUACCAGUGAUUGUUAGCAUUGAACAUGUUAGCUUCAGCCCGGCCAUUUUCGUCUAGAUGUCGCUUCAACGAGCAUAUAAUUUGGCAUACUGUACGCCCGGGAUAUGGCUUGCCAUCCUUGUCGCAAACUUCUUGAACAAGUUUGAUAAGCCAGAAGUUUGACGUUCUUGCCGUCAUUGAACACAAUUCUGUCAUCACAUUUUGCAAAUUCUGCAAAUCUAAGCAGAAUAAAGCCUAAAGGUAGAAGGUCCAGGAAAGUAAGUAGAGGAAUUAACUCUGUAGACUAUGAUGAUGAGUAUGCUUUUACUGUCUGUGCGAAUGAAAAAUCAAAUUCAAUGGGAUUAAUAGACAUUAAUGUUGGGGGAUUAACAUUAGAAACUUUAUGAUUGACUCGGGAUCUAGUUGCAAUAUCAUAGAUUAAGAUACAUGCGAAUUUUUAAAAAAUAAUGUGGUGAAAUGUAAGUCCCAGAAAUCAGCGGGAAAUGAAUAUGCAUAUGGGUCAACAACACCACUUAAAACUCUUGGUAAAUUCCAGACUAACAUUGUAUAUUGUAACACAGUGACUGAAGCUGAGUUUAUAGUUUUAGAUGGAACAGGACGACCAUUAUUAGCUAGGCUGUUCAAAUGCAAAACAGUUAGGUGUACUGAAGAUGGGACAUACAAUAUAAGUUUCCAGAAUGUUUUCAGGGUGUGGAAAAAUUGAAAGAUUUUGAAGUGAAGAUCCAUAUAUAUUGAUCCUGAAGUUAGACCUGUUGCGCAGAGUCCACGACGAAUACCUUUCGGAUUGAGGAAGAAAGUUGAAGAUAAGUUGACUGAGUUACUGGAUACAGACAUUAUUGAGAAAGCAGAAGCACCAACACCUUGGGUAAGUCCAGUUUGUAUUGUUCCUAAACCUUCAGGCGAAAUAAGGCUAUGUGUUGAUAUGAGAAGGGCUAAUGAAGCAAUUCAGAGGGAAAAGCACCCAAUACCUACCAUGGCUGAAGUACUUCUGGACAUGAAUCAAAGUACAGGGGUUUCCAUCAAAUUGAAUUGGAAGAAGACUCUAGAGCAAUAA